UGGGGAAGAAUCCGAGUUUUUGGACUGAAGUUAAACUGGGAGUAAUGGGAGCGACCUGGAUCUCAUGGAGAACGACUACAACUGUCAUCAUUACUAUACUACAAAUACAAGCUCUGAUCAGCGUCAAAACCACAGCUGUUACCGGUGUGGAAGGCCAGAGAUUUGACUUCAGAUGUGACUAUAGCAACAACCUGCAGAGCAAUGAUAAGUACUUCUGCCAUGACAGUGAUGACAAUGGGUCCCCCAACCUCCUGAUAAGCACAGUAGAACAUGAGAUACACACAAAUAAACGUUUCUCUCUGUACGAAAACCACACCGGAGCCUUUUUCAUUGUCAGUGUGGACGAACUCACCUUGGAGGACAGCGGGAAGUACCGGUGUGGGGUGCACAUUGCAACCCUCCCUGAUGAGAUCAGUUUCAUACAACUGGAUGUUGCCAGAGUAACUGGAUCCCCCAUAUUUCCAAAGGAUGUCACAGUGGACAAGCUCCACCUGCCGCUGUUCGUGACUGCAGCGAUGUGUAUCACAGCAAUGCUGUUUAUAUGUAUGUUCACCCUUGGCCUUCUGCUGGCUGUUAAACACCGAAGACCCGGCCCACGCCAGAAUAGAGAGACAUCAUCUGACUACGAGACAAUGAUGCCUGGUGUCAGAACUGAACCUGAACUCCACUGCAGCUUUUCGGCUCCAGACUGCGCUGAUAUCUCAGCUUUACCGGUGCCACCACCUGACCUCUGCUCCCACUUCACAUCAAAGCAUCGGGAGUCUACUGUCACUCUCGGCCUCGGUGAAUAUGUUGAUGUGGAUGGACCAAAGCACGUCUGCCAGUACCAGCAUCUGGAUCUCAGCCGGUUAGAGGAGCAUGUCUAUCACAGCCUUCAUGGAAACUACGAUCCUAAAGAUGGACCUCUGGGAGUCAAAGAGCAGAUUAACAGUUAUAUUGUUGAAGGAUAGUUCCAGGUUAAUUACAACCGAUGGAAAGUUAACUUUGGUUUUCUUGUUGCCAUGUUCCCGGUGAAAUCUGUGUUUUUAUAAUUGUUGAUAGGAAUGAUGGCCAAAACGACAAAAGUAAGACCCUAAUUGUAAUAAACCAAAAUUAUUAUUUACUGUGUAUGGAUGAAAGAAGGAUAUGAUGGGAUGUUGGCCAAAUUAAAAGUUAAUGAUUAAGGAUCUUUAGUAAUUCAAGUAGUUAUAGUGUUAAUUAUUGCUGUGUUUUGUCAUUUCUUGAGGAAAAUGCAACAUUUUGGAUGGGACAAACAAAAGAAAAGACCAAAAAGAAAUACCAGUCUGAGCAUGACUCUUAACUCAAGCUGUAGGAGUUAACAAAAUCCAUGAAGAAGAGCAGACUGGAUGUAGUAACCACUG